UGUAGUUCCAAAAACCCCCCCAUAUAAAUCCUCUUACAAUGAAGUCUCCUUUCCAAUAUUACUCACUUCCUCAAUUUCACACUUUCCCAAUAUUUUGCCUCUUUCUCCUCUUUUUUUCUUUUCGCCUAAAUUCCCAACAUAUUUUUGCUUCAAACUAUUCCCAUAAACUCUUACUUUAAACAACUCUUAGUUUAAAUUAUGAAUUUCUGCUCGAUAACUUUUGUUUGUUCUUUCCAAUUUAGUUUUCUUUAUAGAAAGUUUGGAUUUCAAUUUGUUUUCAAUUUGUUGAAGAAUGUUGCUCUUGCCAUUGCCACAAUCAUAUUUGCAUUUGGAGGGGUGAUAGUAGGAGGCAUUGCAGGAGCCAUAAAAGGGCAAACAACCGAGUCGGGGUUAUGUAGAGGCGCCGCAAUAGGCGUGGUGUCGGGUGCCAUCGUCGCCCUUGAGUUGCUUGAUUCACUCCUUAACGGUCAUUUCCCGUCCAAGGUUGCUCUUUUUGGAAGCAUAUUUAAUGGCAAGGCUUUUAGGGAAUGGGUCAGCCCUGCAGUCCUUAAGGCUUACCAGUGGCAAACGAGCAUGAAUGAGGGACUUGGGUAUGAAGAUGGAUCAGAUUUAUACAACAUCGUCGAAAAUCGAGGAAUGUCCCACGAGCAGAUCAAGAAACUGCCCAUGAUCAAUUUUCGUCGUAGCAAUUCAUCAAAUUCUGAUCUUCCAAUUUCACAUAAUGAAUUUUGUUGCACCAUUUGUUUGCAGGAUCUUGUGGAGGGCGAACGAGCGAGGAAGCUAGCCGGUUGCGAACAUUUGUUUCAUAUGAUGUGCAUAGACGAAUGGCUAGCACGAAGUACAUCAUGUCCUAUUUGUAGAAAAAAUGUUGAUUCAACUUAAUAUUAAAAUGUACUACUACAAAAUUAAAUUGCUAUGUAUGGUAUAGGAAGAUGUAAAAAUGGAAAGUAGGGUUUUUUUUGUUGCUAAUUGUGGAAAUUAAAUAUGGUUUAUGUGAAAAAUGAAAAAUCUAACUACCAACCUUUUUCAUUUAAUUUUCGCCUUAUUUUCCUGAAAUACCAAUCAACCGUGAGAGCAAUAGGUUGGAUACUUAGCUUGGAUGUUGUACUAUUUCGAUAAUUGUAACCUUUUAUAAAUAUGAUCGAUAAAAAAAAAAAAAAAAAAAAAAAG